AUGAGCGAAAAGGGGGCCGCAGGCAGCCCGACGCAGACCGAUGGCUCGAGCGCCACGGGUUGCAGGCCGCAGGCCAGUGGCGCGGGUGCCGCAGGCAGCAGGCCGCAGGCCGGCCGUGGGGCUGCCACAGGCAGCAGCCGCCAGGCUGGUGGAGGAGGCGCCGCUGGCAGUGGGGCGGUGAUAGUGCCGGGGGACAAAGGAAAACACCCCCGGAUUUUUGUUCCUACGUCGACGUCCUUGUCGUCGCUGUCGCCUCUGCUGCAGUGGCCGCCGGCGGGCGGCGCAAAGGAGGGAGGCCGAGGCGGCCAACAAUCCGGCGCGCGGCCCGCGACGGAGGCGGCAUCUACGGUUCUGGAACCAGACCUUGAUCUGCUUGGGCUCGAUGUUGCGGAGGAUGGGGCAUCUGCGGUUCUGGAACCCGGAGACCAAGGCCGGCACUCGAGCGGGUCUACAACGAGUGCCCAAGCCGACCCGCCGCCGGCGAUGGGCACCCGGGCGCUGGAGCCCAGAGACCAAGGCCGGCACGGGAGCGCGCGUACAGUGAGUGCCCAAGCCGACCCACCGCCAGAGACGGACCCCGCGACGGCCCGCAGAACCCCCGCGGAAGAGGAGGAGGGAGGAAAAUACCGAAGACCGAAAACUACGCCCGGUCUUCAGUCGUCAUGA